AUGCUGAUUUCUAAAAACUCAAGGACAUCAAUCCACAUAGCCCAAGUCGAACUAUUUAUAACCUGCCGAGACCUAGAAGAUCUUCACACCUUUGGAAAAUCUCAUCCUUUAGCAGAGCUCUUUAUAAAACAUUCAUCAGAUGGCGAAUGGAUAAAGCAUGGCCAAACAGAAAUGAUUGAUGACACUCAAAAUCCAGAAUUUUUGACGAGUUUUGUAUUAAGUUUUUCAUUUGAAGAACAGACUUAUAUAAAAAUCAAGAUAAAUGACAUUCAUCAUUCAAGGCAUGGACACCCUGAAAUUCAUGAUGAUGAUCUUAUAGGGAUUUUUGAAUGCAAUUUAGGACAGCUUGUGGCUUCGCCAGGAAAACAGGUCAUGAAGGACCUUGUAAGAGACCAUCACAAUCAUCAUAGGCAUGAUAAUUUAUAAUAAAUUUGACUGAAUUAGUGCUAUAGAAAAUAAUCUGAGCUUUAAUAAUAGAAAUUAAAUUAAUAGAGAAUAUUCUAUAUUAAUAAAACUCAAUACUAGCUGAAAAUACUCUAUAAAUAAGAUAAUGAUCCAUUAAAAUGGCAUAGGAGCAAUAAUAUUAAGAGUAGAAGAAAUCAAAGAAAAUAACGAUCACGUUACAAUUCAAUUCGCAUGUGAAAAACUAGAUGACGUUUCUAGCACUUUUGGCCAUCUGACUCCACUUUUUUAUUUAGGAAAGCAUAUGAGCAACGGAGCAGUCCAGAAAUUCUAUAAGAGUGAAGUAAGAAAUAGAAACGGGGAAUGAAAACCGGUGGAAAAAACAAUUCAUGAAUAUUGUAACGGUGAUUUGCAUAGAGAGCUUUUAUUAGAAGUUUAUGAUUAUCAUCGUAGUGGGAAUCAUAAAUUUAUUGGAUCUGCUACAUUUGCAUUAUAUAAUAUUUUGCAUAGGCAAACCCAAGAACUUAUAUUAUUAAACCCUCAUGGCAAUUCUCACAAGAGCCAUGGGAAAAUUAUUAUUGAAAAAUUUCAAAGGAUAAAAAUUCCAAGUUUUCUUGAAUAUAUAGCAGGUGGCUUAAAAAUUUCAUUAAAUAUUGCAAUAGAUUUUACAAGCUCAAAUGGGGACCCUAGAAACCCAAAUUCUUUACAUUACAGCGACCCAUAUGGCUACAACCAUUAUGAAUCUGCUUUAUUUGGAAUUUCCGAAAUUUUAUUAAAUUAUGACUCAGAUCAACUAAUUCCAAUAUACGGUUUUGGAGGCGAAAUUGAUGGAGAAGUAAACCACUGUUUCCCCCUAACUUUUGAUGCCGGAAAUCCUAUAGUGAACUACACUGACUGGCACGGGGUGCUUUUGGCUCAGUUUCGAGCCAAAAACACCCCGUGCAAGUCAGUGUAGUUAACUAUAGCGUUCAAGGCUUAGAUGGUAUUAUGAACGCCUACAAAAAUGCAUUAUCCCAAAUAGUUCUUAGUGGCCCUACACUUUUUGGACCAAUAGUCAGUGAAAUUGUGAUGGAGGCUGAAAGAAUUUACGAAACUCAGACUUGCCAAAGAUAUGAUGUUUUGCUUAUUUUAACUGAUGGAGACCCUUAUGAUAUGCAAGAAACGAUUGAUUGGAUUGUCAGAGGGUCGUUUUGUCCUUUGUCCAUUAUUAUUGUUGGGAUUGGUAGCGAAUAUUUUGAAAAUGUAGCAAUUUUAGGGACUGAUGAUAAAGAGCCACUGAUAGAUAGUGAUGGGAGACAGGAGGAAAGGGAUAUUGUGAAAUUUAUUCAUUAUAGAGAAGUUGACCAUUCUCCUGCUGCUUUAUGCCAAGAAAUUCUUAUCCUAAAUUCUAUUUAAUCAAAAAAAUUACAGAAAAGGGAUUUAAUAAAUUUAUAAUGAUAAUUUUAUUACUAUCUGAGUUAGCAAAUUGCCUGGUGAGGUUGUAAAAUACUUUAGUAAAAGAGGCAUUUUACCUAAUCGUCCUGAAAUUGUUUCUCCAGCCUCUAGCAGUCAUCAUUUAAAAAACCACCACUUAUAUAAAGUCGACAAAUAA